GCAGGACAGGCUACACAAGCAGCGUGCGCGAACGUGUGAACAUGACAAGACCCGAGACAUUCACAGGGGUUCGGCGGGAGAAAAGCAAUGGGACCCAAGUUGAAGCAGAGCAAAGCCUUCACAGGCAAGGUCAAGGAGGGGAGAUCGAGCAUCUGCAGCUUCUUCUCCAAGAGCCAAGCGGUCUCCUCACCUAGCAUGCGAGACGCUGGCGGCCGGUCGGGAAGUUCUGG